GUUGUAGUUUAUCAACACCAUCACAAUUAUGAGUUAGUGACGCGUUACUUAACGUGUAAACACAGAUGCCGUCAUCACCCGGAAGAACACCGCAACCCGGAAGCGGAAACGGAUCUACAUAUGGCAGACCGAUGUCACGAACGUUUUUAGCUUACGUUUGUUUUUAUUUUUUGUUUUACUCCAUGAAUGGUAUUCCGUUGAGUUGAUUGUAACGUUCGUUUACAACGCAGAGGACACAAUGUUCAACAGACAAACCUGCCUGUGGAUGGGUGACUUGGACCCAUACAUGGAUGAGAACUUCAUCAAACAGGCUUUCACUGGCAUGGGGGAAGCCCCGCUCGGAGUCAAGAUCAUCACACACAAAAUUACAGGCAGCAAUUCAGCAGGAUACUGUUUUGUGGAGUUUGCAGAUGAAGCAAGUGUUGACCGCUGUGUUCAAAGACUCAACGGAAAACUAGUUCCUGCCUCAAACCCGCCCCGGAAGUUCAAGCUUAAUUUUGCUGCCACUGGAAAACGACUGGAGGCAGGGCCCGAGUACUCUGUGUUUGUAGGUGACUUGGCCUCUGAAAUAGAUGACUACCAGCUGCAUCAAGUUUUUAAGAAGUACCCCUCCUGCAAGGGUGCCAAAGUAGUGACAGAUCAGUAUGGAUAUUCCAGAGGCUAUGGGUUUGUCAAGUUUGGGGAUGAGGAGGAGCAGAAGAAAGCCAUAGAGGAGUGUCAGGGUUCCAAGCUUGGAGGGAAACCACUCAGGCUCAGCGUCGCAGUGGCAAAGAGCCAAAAGAUGAGUGGCUACCAAGGAAGCCAAGCACAAAGUUACAACGGCGGCUACAGCCACCCCCCACCUGGUUACUAUGGCGGUCAGAUGGCUGGUCACGCUGGUUACUACCCUCAGUGGGGGGGGUAUGACCAGUAUGGAGGCUACAGCAGUGCUUAUAACAGUGCGUACAACAGCGGAUACAACAGUGGCUACAACUACUAUGGAUAUCCACCACCGGGUCACAUGAUGGUCCCGCCGCCUGCGGAGAUGCCACCUGCUGACACGGCUGGAGCAGCGGAGCAAACUCAGGGGGAAACUGAGGCGGGUGAAGAGGAGCAUACCGAAGAUUAACAAGGCAUGAAGUGAUGAACAUGAGCUUUAUUUCUUGUUAAAGUUUUGGUGAAAGUUUUUGGUUUGCUUAUCUUGCACUUCCAACCUCUUCUGCUGCCACUGGGCGCGAUACAGAACCAAAUCUCCGGCAGUUUCACUACCGAGGCAAGCAGCGUUCCUUUCAUGUAUUUGGAUGGCUAGUUACUGUGUGGAACAAAGGUCAAUGUACAACUUCAGCGAGGAGUUUCCAUGGACUAUGAUGUUUGUUGAUGACAUAGUGAUCUGUAGUGAGAGUCAAGAGAGAAGAGAAAUGAAGCUCAGUUGAGCCACGACUAUAGAUGUGUGAAGAAGAGUGGCAGGAGAUAAGAUGAAAGAGCGGCACACUUGAGGAGGUACUAGGAAGAACAAGGUGAGGCAUGAUGUUACCAGCGAAACAGCUCAUCCAGACACAACUAGAGGAGCACUGAGGAACAUGAUGGAUCAAACAGUUGAUGAUGGGGAAACCAGGUGAGAGUAGCGAAGGACGACCAAUGAAGUCACUGCAUGUAGUAAAGGAGGUUGUGAAGACGCUUGGGUGUGACCAAGGAGGAUGCACAAGGUCAGUGCAGACCAAGGGGGGCGACUUGCUGUGGCGACCCUCGACAAGUCAUGUUUUACUGGAGUCCAUGAUGUCGAAGAUACCUUCAGGAAAGAGCAGUAGUAUUUUUUCCGACCUUUUUUCACAUGAUCAUAUCAUGAUAAAUCUUUAUAAAACAACACAACUUUAACGAUGUUCCUACCGGUAGGGGGGGCUAGAUGUUUCUCUGGGUGGAAUUUCACAGGCCUGCAGUGGUUCUAUCUGAAUUGUACAUUAUAGCUGGAGGCACUGGUCUAUUGUCAGCAUGGAUGUGCAAGUGAAUGAAGUAACCGGACAUCCCAUUGUA